AUGAAAUACGCCCUCACCUCCCUCCUCCUCACCACCGCCCUCCUUUCAACCCCCACCCUCUCUACCCCCGCACCCGACGUGGUCAGCGACGCCAUCGGAAUCGCCCAAACCGCCGUAUCCGGAGGCGAAUCCCUAGCAACCAACAUCGCCAACGACGCGACCUCCAUUGCCUCUGACGUCGCGACCGGCGGCGCAGCGGCAUACUCCUCCCUGACGUCCGCGGGCGGAGAAGUAGCCUCUAACGCCGAAUCCUGGGGCACGUCGGUGGCGUCGGAUGCGCGGUCCGAUGCGUCGGCGGCGGCAUCGGAUAUCAGAUCUAAGGCGUCGGAUGUAGCGUCGGAGAUUACUUCUCGGUGGGAGAGCGCGACGACGUUGACGGGGUCGAAUGGGCAGCCGACGAGUACGGAGACGAUGAGUGGGAAGACGACGUUGACUGCUAGUACGGCGAGUGCGACGGGGAGUGCGGCUAGUACUACUAGUACUGCUAGUGGAUCGAGUGCUAGUGCGACGAGUUCGACGAGUGAGGGGGCGGGUGUGGCUAUGGCGACGCCGGGAGUUGGGUUGGGGAUGGGGGUUGUGGGAGUUGCGGGUGUUUUGGGGGUUAUGGCUGCUUUGUAA